AUUUUGGGCUGCAUUAAUAGAAGUAUAGCUUCCAAAUCGCGUGAGUGUCCUUGAUGCUUCCUUAGUUAAUGAUGGCAAAGCCACAAAGCAAAGAUCCUGGUCUAAAAGAGAAGUUUAAGAGUCUCUUGGGACUUGGGCCAUCCAGGCCUAAUUCUAAGUCAUCAGAAGGAAAACAAACAGAAUUUAUCAUCACAGCAGAAAUACUCAAGGAACUGAGCCCUGAAUGUGGCUUGAACAAUCGGAUAAGGGCCAUUGGUCAAAUCUGUGAGGUAGCAAAAACUAAAAAGUUUGAAGAGCAUGCAGUGGAAGCGAUCUGGAAAGUGGUAGGAGAUAUGCUGCAGCCAGAUCGACCAGUUGAGGCCAGACAUGCUGUGCUCCACCUCCUGAAGGCGAUUAUUCAAGGGCAGGGUGAGAGACUGGGGAUCCUCCGAGCUCACUUCUUCAAAGUGAUUAAAGUUUAUCCUUCCAAUGAAGACCUGCAUGAACGGCUUGAAGUGUUCAAGGCUCUUACGGAUAAUGGAAGAUACAUAACGUACCUGGAGGAGGAAUUGGCUGAAUUUGUCCUUCACUGGAUGGAAGUUGGUUUAACUUCGGAGUUCCUGCAGGUGCUUGUCAACUUGGUCAAGUUCAAUAGCUGCUACCUGGAUGAAUAUAUUGCAGACAUGGUCCACAUGAUUUGCCUCUUGUGCAUUCAGACGUCAUCUGCAGUUGACAUUGAGGUUUCCCUGCAGGUCCUGGAUGCUGUGGUGUGUUAUAACUGCCUGCCUUCUGAAACCCUCCCAGUCUUCAUCAUCACCUUGUGCUGGACCAUCAAUGUGAAGGAACUCUGUGAGCCUUGCUGGAAGCUCAUGCGGAAUCUGUUGGGAACUCACUUGGGGCACAGUGCCAUUUACAACAUGUGCCGGAUCAUGGAGGACGGAACCUACAUGUCAGAUGCAGUAUUGCUGAGAGGGGCCGUGUUCUUUGUGGGGAUGGCCUUGUGGGGCGCACACCGGCUGCAGGCGCUCAAAAAUUCACCAACCUCAGUGCUGCCCUCCUUCCUGAAGGCCAUGACCUGUCCAAAUGCCGUUGUGUCUUAUGAAAUAGUCCUCUCUGUAACGAGGCUGAUCAAAAAGUAUGGAAAGGACCUGCAGGCAGUCACCUGGGACAUCCUCCUGGAUAUCAUUGAGCGGCUGCUUCAGCAGCUGCAGACCUUGGAAAGCCAGGAGUUGAAAUCGAUCGUCCAUGAUUUGCUGACCACCGUGGAGGAGCUGUGCGACCAGAAUGACUUCCACGGCUCUAAGGAGAGAUACUUUGACCUCGUGGAAAGAUGCGCUAAUCAAAGACCUGAGUCUUCCGUUCUGAACCUGAUAACCUACCGAGCUCAGUCCAUUCACCCUGCGAAGGAUGGCUGGAUCCACAACCUGCAGGGGCUCAUGGAGAGGUUCUUCAGAAAUGAGAGUCGGAGUGCUGUUCGCAUCAAAGUUUUGCACGUCCUGUCGUUUGUCCUGAGUGUCAACAGACAGUUUUAUGAGGAGGAGUUGAUUAAUCUGGUGGUUAUCUCCCAGCUGGCUCACAUCCCGGAAGAUAAGGACCACCAUGUCCGCAAACUGGCCACUCAGCUGCUGGUGGACCUGGCGGAGGGCUGCAACACCCAUCACUUUAACAGCUUGCUGGAUAUCAUAGAGAAGGUCGCUUCGCACUCGCUGCUGCCUUCUGCUGAACUGGAGGAAAGAGACCUGAUCUCUUACUCUGCCUCUUUAGAGGACGUGAAGACGGCAGUGCUGGGCUUACUGGUCAUUCUGCAGACGAAGUUGUACAGUUUGCCUGCCAGCCACGCCAGCCGUGUCUAUGAGAUGCUGGCCCUUCACAUUCAGCUCCACUAUAAGUAUAAGUACAGCCUCCCAAUUGCCAGCAGCAUCCGACUGCAGGUCUUUGAUUUCCUGCUCUCUCUUCGGGCCGACUCUCUCCACCGGCUGGGCCUGCCCACCAAAGACGGCCUUGUGAGAUUCAGCCCCUACUGCCUCUGCGACUUCGUGGAGCCUGAGAAAAAACCUGCCGGCACCCUCUCUCCUCCCUCUGGAAGUCCUAGCAUGGCCCCCCAGAGCCCGGCCAUCCGUACGGGCCAUUUACCUUACUCUCUGCUCUUCGGAGUCUUCCUGCAGUGCUUGAAGCAAGAGACGGACUGGAAGGUACUGAGGCUGGUACUGAACAAGCUGCCCAAGUCUCUGCAGUAUAAAGUGCUUUACUUAACUUCCCCUUGCAACAUUGAUCAACUGUCUUCUGCCCUCUGCAAUAUGCUUACAGACAAAAAGAUGACCGAGCGCCUCCGAGGCAUCCCAGAAGGACUGUCCCGUAAUGAUUUGCAUCUGGCUGUGGUUCCAGUGUUGACGGCUUUGAUCUCCUACCACAGCUACCUGGACAAAAGCAAGCAGCGGGAGAUGGUUUAUUGCCUGGAGCACGGCCUGAUCUACCGUUGCGCCAACCAGUGUGUUGUGGCUCUGUCCAUCUGUAGCGUUGAGAUGCCCGAUAUCAUCAUCAAGGCCUUGCCGGUCCUGAUAGUCAAACUGACUCAUAUUUCGGCUACGGCCAAUAUGGCCAUUCCUCUCUUGGAGUUCCUUUCAACAUUGGCCCGACUGCCUCACCUCUACAGGAAUUUUGCAGCUGAGCAGUAUGCCAGCGUAUUUGCUAUCUCCUUGCCCUACACAAACCCCUCCAAGUUUAACCAGUAUAUCGUGUGCCUGGCACACCAUGUCAUAGCCAUGUGGUUCAUCAAGUGCCGCCUUCCCUUUCGGAAAGACUUUGUUCCCUACAUUACCAAGGGUUUGCGGUCCAAUGUCCUCCUCUCAUUUGAUGACACCCCAGAGAAAGACAGCUUCCGGGCUCGAAGUACAAGCCUGAAUGAAAGACCAAAGAGUAGUUUUAAAAUAGCCAAAAAUGCCAGGCAAAGCUUGAAUAACUCUCCUCCAGUGAAAGAGCUGAAAGAACCCUCGGCUGUUGAUGCCUUCCGGUCCCGCAGCAUCAGUGUGUCUGACCAGGCAGCCCACAGCCGGAUACAGACCUCCAUCACCAGUUCCAGCCUGGGAUCUGCUGAUGAGAAUUCGAUGGCCCAGGCGGACGACAGCCUGAAAAACCUGCAUUUGGAGCUCACGGAAACCUGCCUGGAUAUGAUGGCCCGAUACGUCUUUUCAAACUUCACCGCUGUGCCCAAAAGGUCUCCCGUUGGAGAGUUCCUCCUGGCUGGAGGGAGGACCAAGACGUGGCUGGUGGGUAACAAGCUAGUGACAAUCACGACAAGUGUUGGGACGGGAACCAGGUCACUCCUGGGCCUUGAUUCCGGGGAGCUACAGAACAAUACAGAGUCAAGUACAGAACACAUCUUGCAAGUGAGGCAGACAAAGGAGGCCCCAGCCAAACUUGAGUCUCAGGCUGGUCCACAGGUUGUUCGAACCCGCAACCGAGUCAGGUCAAUGUCUGGUGGCCAUGCGCUGCGGGUUGGUGCAUUAGAUAGCUCUGCCUCCCAUCUCCCAACCAGCUCCGUGCCCCAAGGAUCGCAGGGCUCUACCGGUCCUGCCGCUCGGCCAGAGAAGGCUGCCUCCGGUGCUCUGCCGAAGGAGAAGGCAAACCUGGCCGCGUUUGUCCCCCUGCUAACCCAAGGCUGGGCAGAAAUACUGGUGCGGAGACCAACAGGAAACACCAGCUGGCUGAUGAGCCUGGAAAACCCGCUCAGCCCCUUCUCUUCCGACAUCAACAACAUGCCCCUGCAGGAGCUCUCCAACGCGCUCAUGGCAGCGGAGCGCUUCAAGGAGCACCGCGAGACCGCCCUGUACAAGUCCCUCUCCGUCCCCUCCUCCAGCCUGCCCACCGGAACAGCCAAGCCCUUUCUCCUGCAGCGCUCAAACACAGUGGCCUCUUUCUCUUCCAUGUACCUGACCAGUUCUCAAGAAAAGUUGCACAGGAGCAUUUCCUGGGCAGAAUCUGCUGUAGUUCCGGAAGAAGGAAGCCUACCGGACAUGGAUUUAAAGGAAACAGAGUCCCCCCCAGAAUCUCAAGAGAUCGAAGACUUUGAGCCUGUGUGUUCAGAUCAAGGCUUAAGGGAGGAGAAGAUGAGAAAAUUCCACGGGGCAGACAGCCGGUCCUCCUCAACAUCUAGUCAAGAGGAGAAAGCGCUGAAGCCAGAAGACCUGGUGGCCAGUGGCAUUCCCAUCGAGAGGGCCAGGAAUCUGGAAGACAGCCGUGCUUUUGAGGCCCUCUCUUUCCAGCCUUCCCAGCCCCUCAGCAAGUCCAGCUCGUCUCCGGAGCUUCAGACCCUCCAGGAAGUCCUCAAGGACACCAGCAGCGAAGAGCCCGCCGGGAAACUGAGCAGCAACGUGAAGUCGAAGUCCCAAUCUGGGCAUUUGGAAGGGGAGGCAGCAGGGGGCUGGCUGGCAAGAGGGGAAGACGACAGGGCCGCUGGGGGCCCCCGGCUGGGCGGGGGCGCCCCCGCAACUUCUCCCCACUCCCCAACCGGCCCCCGGCCCCGAGGCUACACGAUCUCUGACUCGGCCCCCUCGAGAAGAGGCAAGAGGGUGGAGCGGGACCCUUUCAAGGUCCGAGCAGCGGCCUCCAACGCAGAGAAAGUGCCAGGAAUCAACCCGAGCUUUGUGUUCCUGCAGCUGUAUCAUUCUCCUUUCUUCGGCGAUGAAUCCAACAAACCCAUUUUAUUGCCAAAUGAGACCUUUGAGAGAUCCGUUCAGCUGCUGGAUCAGAUUCCUCCCUAUGACACCCACAAGAUCGCAGUGCUGUACGUCGGAGAAGGGCAGAGCAACAAUGAGCUGGCCAUCCUCUCCAACGAGCACGGCUCCUACAGGUACACGGAGUUCCUGACAGGCCUGGGCAAACUCAUCGAACUGAAAGACUGCCAGCCAGACAAGAUUUACCUGGGCGGCCUGGACGUGUGUGGGGAGGACGGGCAGUUCACCUACUGCUGGCACGAUGACAUCAUGCAAGCCAUUUUCCACAUUGCAACUUUGAUGCCCACCAAGGACUUGGACAAGUAUCGCUGCGAUAAGAAACGACACCUGGGGAAUGACUUCGUUUCCAUUAUUUACAACGAUUCGGGGGAAGACUUCAAACUGGGGACCAUAAAGGGCCAGUUCAACUUCGUGCACGUCGUAAUCAAGCCCCUGGAUUAUGACUGUCACCUGCUCACCCUGCAGUGCCGGAAAGAUAUGGAAGGGCUUGUCGACACCAGCAUGGCGAAGAUCGUCUCCGAUAGAAACCUGCCCUUUGUUGCCCGUCAGAUGGCUUUACACGCCAACAUGGCUUCUCAGGUGCAUCAUAGCCGCUCCAACCCCACAGACACGUACCCAUCGAAAUGGAUCGCUCGGCUGCGCCACAUCAAGAGGCUCCGGCAUAGGAUCCGAGAAGAAACCCAGUACCAAGCGUCUGGUUUCCCCACCAUGCACCCGUCGGCCCCUGCGAAACCAUCUGCCCAUGUUCCUCAGGACCCAGCACCCACCUACGAAACGGGGCAGAGGAAGCGCCUGAUCUCCUCGGUGGAUGACUUCACGGAGUUCGUUUAGUGUCCAACACAGCCCACCUGCAUUCGUCUAGUGUGCAAAGUGUCGUUCUUUUCCCAGGCUCCAAUUCCUGCUGCAGAGAGACCGUUCCAUCUUUGCAACCCCUGGAUCUGACAGUAUCGCAUCGACCUCUUCGUGACUUGCGACUGCAGUUUUGCUCAUGGUCACUUUGACAGCUGCUGACCCAUCCUGUAAUGCCACAGUGCUCCAGAGACAUGUAUUCGCUCUUCAUGGUUGCUGUUUUAACCAACACUUUGGGGGGUAAAUUUCUCUUAAGAGAAUGGAGGCAAAACGGAGGUGUAUGGUGCUUGUUAAAAUGGUAGAAAUUGUGACUCAGCAGCUUAGAGAUUUCCUGGCUUGAUGAUUUACAGACCUUCCUCCCAGAUUUUCACAAGAUCUGUAUGCACUUUACCUUCAGCUGAUGGCGAAGAGCGUUGGUGGUUGCUGACUGGCUUUCUUAGAGGGGGCAGAACAGGCUUGGUUUCUGUCUAAACAAAUGGCUUCUGAGGCAAGCCAAGAUGCCAGACAUGCAGCUUGUGUAGACGUAAGCUGUUUGAGUCCAGAUUCAAGACACAUUUUGGGCUGAUCUUAAGUAAAAAUUUCCUAAAUCUCGGUAGAGCUGAGAGCAAAACUUCCACCAAUUGUAUAGGGAAGAAAGCAUUCUAGGGAGUACAGGCAUUCCCUGGUCUUUCCUUGACUAAGUGGAUCCAUCCCGCAGGGCUGGAUGGAAAGAAACGGAACCCUUUUCUUUCUUUGACGUGUUUUCGGAUUUCAGCAGGUGAAUGCAUGGCCAAAACCGGUGUUGGGGUCUAACUGGAUAUGAAAGGGCAGGUGUGCUUGUGUCGAACCUGUUCACAAAUUAGCCUGGGGUGUGAGGGGGGGGGUCUACUCUUUAUCGACUCUGCUGCUGUAACAGUCUCUUCUCCCUGCCCCGUUGGCAUGAAGCUGCCUAGAGCAGGAGUAGGCACCCUGGCGUCCUCCAGGGGUUUGGGGCAGCAACUGCGUCAGCCCCAGCCGGUGUAGCCAAUGGUAAAGGGGUUGUUGGAAUUGCAGUUGAGAACUUCUGUAGGGCACCCAGUUGCUAGCCCUGGGCCUACAGUGUGCUUCCAACGCUUUGAGUGGGUUGAGUAGUGGAAGAGGACACCUGACUGAGAGGAGGCUUCGUUACCAGAACUGGAGAAACUGCACCUCAUGUGAGUUAUCUGUCUGGCUUGCUUUUGCAUUCACCCUACCCCAGUCACUGCUGCUGCCUUCAGAAGAGAAGGGUGGGCGUCCCCAUAGCUAAACCCAAAGGCCAUCAGUGAUGUCAGGGUUUAGUCACGUCGUUUUCCUUGGAAAGAACAAAUGGCAAAACUCCCUCCCUCCCUUCCUUCCUUCGGAGAGAAAAAGGGGAGUCAUCCAAACAUGUCAAAUGUCCUUUAAGUUUCUUGUAUCGGCUUUGUUUGGCAAAUGUCUUCUAACACUUGUUAAUGGAAUAAACCAUUUGUACGGCUACCAGAUUUUCAGCUGACAGAG